AGACAUUUCAAGUUUGACCGUUUAAGAAACCGCUUAAAGUUUAUGAAGGAUUAUUGUUAUUUUUGUGGUGAGUUAGUGAGCGGCUUUCACGAAAUAUGGGUCCAAAGACUGAUCCCGAAGCUGUUGCACUACGGAAAGAACUAGAAGAACUUUAUAAAAAGUUACAGGAAGCCCAAAAGCAGUGUGCAGACACCACCCUAGAAAGCUGCUGCAGCGCAGUGUCUAAUGCCCCAUCAGUGAAACUAUCCACAAAAAAACUACUAAAAGGUCAUCUAAACAAAGUUAAUUCAGUUCACUACAGCGGUGAUAGCAGACACUGCGUUACAGGCUCCCUGGAUGGCAAACUGAUCAUCUGGGACACUUAUACGGGUAAUAAAAUUCAAAUUAUACCGUUGAGAUCGGCAUGGGUUAUGAGCGUUACUUACGCGCAGUCUGGGAAUUUUGUUGCUUGUGGUGGCAUGGAUAAUAUGUGCACAGUAUACGAUUUGAAUAAUAGAGAUGCAUCUGGAGUGGCAAAAAUGUCCAGAGAACUGGCGGGAUAUGACGGGUUUUUAAGCUCCUGUCGUUUUUUAAGCGAUCAGCACAUUAUUACUGGAAGUGGAGAUAUGAAAGUAUGCCAGUGGGAUUUAGAAACUGGACGCAAAACAUCGGACGUAGUCGCUCAUAACGGCGACGUAGUGUCCAUCAGUUUGUCUCAAGACGGCAACAGUUUCGUAACCGGAAGCGUUGACAAAACAUGCAUGCUUUGGGAUGUUCGAGAUAUGAAACCAAAACAAACCUUUUUCGGACAUAGCGCUGAUGUCAAUUCUGUUUGUUUUCAUCCUAGCGGAUACGCCUUCGCUACCGGAUCGGAGGACAAAUCUGCUCGUAUGUUUGACAUCAGAGGGGACCAACAAAUCGCUGAAUAUAAACCGCCCAAUAACAAAAGCGGUUUCACGUCUUGCGCUUUAUCGCUCAGCGGCAGGAUACUAUUGUGUGGUUCAGACGAUAACAAUGUCCAUAUGUGGGACACACUCAAAACUACACAUAAUGGGGUUUUAGCUGGACAUGAAAAUCGUAUAACAUCGGUUUCUAUGGCCGCCAAUGGUAUUGCCUUGUCCUCUUGCAGCUGGGACCAAGCCGUUCGUGUUUGGGGAUAAACUUAAUUAAUUAUUUUUUUUAAUAUUAGUUAUUUUUAGGAGAAAUAAAACGAUAUGAACUGUAUUACACGUUAAUAAUAUUUAUUAACCAACAAAAUUGAUACUUUAGUUAAGUUAUAUUUUUAAAGAAAUGGAUAUAAUAUAUUUGGAUGAUCGAUUUAUUUAUUUAUUGUUAAAAAAAUUGCUAAUAAAUAAGCUGUAUAAUAUAAAAAAAGCUAUUGCAAA